CAAUGCACAACUGAAGGAGAAGUUGGAUGCCCUUCAAUGCCAUUUCACCUGGCACUUGGACAUAACAGGCCAUACUGAACCUACACACGUCCUGCAGAAGCUGGCUGUUGAAAUCAAGCACACAGCCCACCAAAACCAGGCAGCACUCUUGGGGCUGCAGGCAUACCUAUACCAGCUGAAAGGCCAGAGCAGAGCAGCUCUGCAAAGCCUUAAAGAUGCUGAAGAGCAUGAGACACAAGACGAGCAGCAGGCAUCUGCUGCUAGUUCUCUGAUUAUCUAUGGGAAUUAUGCUUGGAUUCACUACCUUCAGGCCUCUUAUCAGGAGGCUGAAAGCUAUCUGGAGCUAAUUCAGCAGCUCUGCCCAACUCCUUGGGACACACAGCUGAUCCCAUACAUCCAGGCCCAGAAAGGCUGGUCCCUCUUGGCUAUCAGAGUCCGUAAUGGGGAACGGGCAAGAGAGUGCUUUGAGGUGGCGCUGAUGCGUGAACCAGGGAACAGAUUUUUCCGUGCUGGGCUCGGAAUAGCUCUUUAUUUCUCCUGGAUUUACUUCUGGUAUCCUGAUAUUCAAAGAAAAGCCAUAACCCAAUUGGAAAGAACAGUCCUUGAGCAGCCAAAUAACUACAGAGCCAAAGUAUACUUAGCCAGGCUCCUCGAACAAGUGGAUCGAGAAAGAUCAAUUGGCUUGAUAGAAGAGAGUACAGAGAAAAGCUCUGAUCCUGAAGUCCUCAGAGUUUCAGCUCUGUUCUGGCUGCAACGGUCUACAGAGCGAGCAAUUGAGAUAUUGCAGCAAGCCCUGCAGCAGAAUCCAGGUUACCACCUUCUCUACCAAGUCUUGGCCAGGUGCUACAAGAUACAAUGGAUUAAUGCAAAGAACAAAGACAAGAAUAAUAUAUUGGAUGCAGCCAUCAAGGACCUCCAGCAAAUUCUUCAGAAACAUCCAGACCUUGACCUCGUGUUUGUAGAGCUGCAAUUAGCAGAGUUCUAUGGUGAAAGAGACCCAGCCCAGGAGGAGAAGAUCUACAAGGAGCUGCAGGACAGAAAGGAUAACCUAAGCCCCAAAAGUCAUCAAGCCCUUAAUCUCUACUGGGGAAAUUUCUUCCUCUACAAGAAGAAGUCUCUUGAGGAGGCGAAAGCAAAGUUUAUGGAUGGCUACAAAAUUCCCAUGCUGACAGAAGUGAGGAAGCAGUGUGCGCAGAAGCUGACAAAGAUGGCAUGGUGCCACAGCGAUGCUGCUGCUGAUAUCUACCACUUCAUCAGAGAGACCGACCGCUGCCUGCCCACAGAAUUUAGUGGAACUUAUCUAGACUGA